GAAGCAUCCUCACAGUCAGCGGCGCUGGGUGAUGCUAGAGCCGCCUCGGAGUUGGAGAAUCCGCUCUGGUUCUGGUCUCUUCGGGGAUUACUCUGAAUGAGUUUGCUAUAAACAGCUCGGCUUACAUAAGAGCUUCUAAUUCACUUUUGUUCAGCCCCGGGAGGCCUGGAUUUGUUUGCAGAACUGGAGAACUAGUCACAUUUUGUGUUUUGCCCUUGUGUCGGUGCGGGUUUUGCGCAGGAAAACUCAGAGGGAAGGUGCAUUUAGGUGCUCAUCAUGUCAGUGGUUGGCAUCGAUGUGGGUUUCCAGAACUGCUAUAUCGCUGUGGCCAGGAGCGGCGGCAUUGAAACGGUGGCCAAUGAGUACAGUGACAGAUGCACACCGGCUUGUGUGUCUUUGGCCUCCAAAAACCGGAUGAUUGGAAAUGCAGCCAAGAGUCAGGUCAUAACAAACUUUAAAAACACUGUACACGGCUUCAAAAAGUUUCACGGCAGAGCGUUUGAUGAUCCGUUCGUCCAAUCAGAGAGGAGCAAGCUGCCUUACAGCCUCGACAAGCUAGCCAAUGGAAGCACUGGGAUUAAGGUGCGCUACCUGGAUGAGGAGAAGGUGUUCACGGUGGAGCAGAUCAGCGGGAUGCUGCUCACCAAACUGAAGGAGACGUCAGAGAGCGCGCUGAAGAAGCCGGUGGUGGACUGCGUGGUUUCUGUCCCAAGUUUUUUCACAGACGCAGAGAGACGGUCAGUCCUCGAUGCGACUCAGAUUGCAGGGCUGAACUGUUUGCGACUGAUCAACGACACCACAGCAGUGGCGUUGGCUUAUGGCAUCUACAAACAAGACCUCCCUGUGCCUGAGGAGAAGCCCAGGAAUGUGGUGUUUGUGGACAUGGGGCAUUCAUCGUUCCAGGUCUCCAUCACUGCUUUCAACAAGGGGAAACUCAAGGUUCUCGCCACAGCGUUUGACCUGUACCUCGGAGGGCGUAACUUUGACGAAGCGUUGGUGGAUUAUUUCUGCGAGGAGUUUAAGACAAAGUACAAGCUGAACGUGAGGGACAACCCGAGGGCUUUGCUGCGGCUGCAUCAGGAAUGCGAGAAGCUGAAGAAACUCAUGAGCGCCAACUCCUCUGACCUUCCUCUCAACAUAGAGUGCUUCAUGAACGACAUUGAUGUUUCCAGCAGGAUGAACAGGACUCACUUUGAAGUAAUGUGCGCUCAGUAUCUGAUGAGAGUGGAGACGCCGCUGAAAACAGCCUUUGAGCAAUCAAAGUUGAGUCGGGACGACAUCUAUGCAGUGGAGAUUGUCGGAGGAGCCACGAGAAUCCCGUCCAUCAAAGAGAGAAUCACCAAAUAUUUCUGCAAAGACGUCAGCACCACGCUGAACGCUGACGAAGCUGUAGCCAGAGGCUGUGCGCUUCAGUGCGCAAUUUUAUCUCCAGCGUUUAAGGUGCGGGAAUUCUCCAUCACGGAUGUGGUUCCGUUUCCGAUCACUCUCCGUUGGAAGUCGCCCACAGAGGAUGGACUGGGAGAAUGCGAGGUUUUCGGUAAGAACCAUGCUGCUCCAUUUUCCAAGGUGAUCACGUUCCACAAGAAGGAGCCCUUUGACCUGGAAGCGUUUUACAGUAAUCCUCAGGAGCUCCCCUACCCGGACCACAGGAUAGGCUGCUUUUCAGUGCAGAACGUGGUUCCUCAGCCGGACGGAGACAGUUCAAAGGUAAAGGUCAAAGUGCGCGUCAACAUCCAUGGCAUUCUGAGCGUGUCCAGCGCGUCGCUCAUAGAGAAGCUGAAAGGGGAAGCGGAGGACAUGCAGAUUGAGCCGGAGCCACUGGUGCAGAAUGAAGGCCGAGCAGAGGAGCAGAGCAAAAUGCAGGUGGAGCAGGAGGGUCAAAGCCAGGCGGAGGGGCCAAGUGAGGAUGGCAGCUCCAGCACUAAGGAAGGGGCAGCUGCAGAAAAGCAGGAUGCAACAGCAGGAGGCAGCAAGCCAAACGUCAAGGUGAAAAGUAUUGAUCUUCCCAUUGUGGCCAACAACAUUCGGCAACUGGACGGAGACGUUCUUACCAACUUUGUUGAGUAUGAGCGACAGAUGAUUUGCCAGGACAAACUGGUGAAAGAGCUGAACGACGCUAAAAACGCAGUAGAAGAGUACGUGUACGACCUGCGGGAAAAGCUCUGCGGGAUUUAUCAGAAGUACAUCACCGAGGAGGACAGUAACCGGCUGACGCUGAUGCUGGAGGACACGGAGAACUGGCUGUACGAGGAGGGAGAGGACCAGCCGAAAAACGUCUACGAGGAGAAGCUGGGCGCGCUCAAGAUGUUUGGUGAGCCCAUUCAAGAGCGGCACAGAGAGAGCGAGGAAAGGCCAAGAGCUUUUGAAGAACUGGGGAAGAAACUGCAGCUCUACAUGAAGUUUGUAGAUUCCUACAAACAGAAGGAUGAACGAUUCUCACAUUUAAGCCCAGAGGACGUGAGCGCUGUGGAGAAAUUUGUGAAUGAAAGCAUGGGCUGGAUGAACAACAAAAUAAAUGCACAAAGCAGAACUGCAAUAACUCAAGACCCAGUGGUUAAAGUAGCAGAAAUCAUUGCAAAAAUUCAGGAACUGGAGGAUGUUUGCGGCUCGGUUGCCAACAGGCCAAAGCCGGUUGCAGAGGAGCUGUCCGACGUUGGCGAUCAGGAGGCUCACAAUGGCCCCACGGACAGGCAGGAAGCAGACGGGAAGGGAAACCAGCAACCAAAGCCUGGAGCGAAACACAUGGAGGUGGACUGAGGAGCGGACUCUGACAAUCAUCCUUCUCCAUAAUGCCCCUCCUAGGAAGUAGAAAAAUAAAGCAAAAUCUUGGCGAAACGUCUCAGUUGUCACCAGCCUCCUCGGUGGAUUUUUUCGUGUUCUCUCCCAUCAAGACUUUAAGCCUUCAAACCGUUUAUUCCCACGUGUGACAGUGCUGUGUUUUAUUCUCUCACAUCUUCCACAUGCAAGUAAAAGAGUUCUGUAACUGGUUAAAUUCAGAUUAUACCAUAAAGAUCCAUCCACUACCACCAGUAAUCCCAAAGACCAGUAAGAAUAAUAAGUACUGUCCAAGCAACUGUUAAUGCAGAACAAUUAGUUCGACUGCGAAAAUACAAAUCCUGUAUAUGUAUCUGUUUUUAUUGGGUUAAAGUGAUGCUGAUGUUUAGAAACUGUAAAUAUGAUUUUAGUAAAUAAAGUCAGGCUGGAUAAAUAUAAAU